CUAUUGAACGCAGCAAAUCGGAAGUGAAAACUAUAAAAUAUGUAUAUAUAUCUAUAUGUGCUUCUAAUGCUGGGCAGCUGUUGCAUGCUGCGCGCAGAGGAUGAACAGCAGCAGUUUGAUAAGAAGCCCAUUACGGAGACUUGUUUGUUGUGCAUGUGUGAGGCGCUGAGUGGUUGCAAUGCCACCGCCGUGUGUGUGAAUGGUGCAUGUGGCAUCUUUCGCUUAACCUGGGAUCAGUGGGUGGACUCAGGACGUCUGACAAUUGCGGGUGAUUCACCGCUUUCCGAAAGCUCCUUUACCAACUGCGCCAAUGAUCCGCAUUGUGCAGCAGAUACGCUGCAGAACUAUAUGGUCAAGUAUGGACAGGACUGCAAUGGCGAUGAGCAGCAGAACUGCUUGGACUAUGGCGCUAUACACUACAUGGGGCCAUUUAAUUGUCAAGCGGAUAUGCCUUACACUUUUGCCAGCAUCUUUCGCAAAUGCCUUAAGCGUGCCGAGCUGCCAGUUAAACUGCUUAAAGUGUUGUUGUAAACAAUAUGCUUAAUCUAGAAUAAUUUCCGCAGUUGCUUAGCUGCUUGUAUUAGUCUACUAGUUGCCUCAAUCUAAGUUUAGUUGCGCUUUAAACGUUGCGCGGCUUGUGUCUCGCUUAGAUAUAUACAAAGUUACGCCUACGAUAACAAUUAGCUAACAAUUUAAUUGUGCGGCGCUUGAAAAUGUUUAAAAGUUUACACUUAAAAUGUUUUUUA